GUGGGGCUCACACCGUCAUAACUUCACUACGCUGGGAACACAGACGCCGAAGCUCCCCACGCGCAGCCGCCGUGGGGCGGACGGGCCCGAGGUCGGCUCCUUUCCAGCCGGGAUAGGCUGGCGCGGGGGGGACGUCACACAGGGACGUUCCUGCGCGCUGGAGCCCAACUGCGUGGGAUGAACGACGUUGUAAAAGUGAAAUUGGAAGUUUUGGAUUCACAAAAAACCUUAAGAAAUAAGGUCCUUGAGCUUUCUUUGCAUUUGAAAAACAAAGCAAGGAUCUAAAAAAUCCCCUUUACCACAACUCAGGCAGCAUUUAUGUGUUUGGAAGACAGGAAAAAGAGGACUUUCAUCAUUGAACAGUUAGGAACAAGGACUAUCAAAAACUUUGGCCAUCACUUUCAGUUCCUGUACAUUUUAAAGUGGAUACUUCUCGUGAAAAAUUAGAAAGCAUGUCAGAAUCGGAUGCCUUGAAUGUCAGCAGUCUUUUUCCAGGUUUAACUCGCUCAGAAUCUCCCAUCAGUAUGGAAACCAGCAGUAUCAUCUCUGACUUGCCUCAGAAUGAAAUAAAGAAUUUACAAAGGGAAGAUGAAUGUAAGUCCACACUCUCUGAAGAUGUUUAUAAUUUGUUGGGUGAUAAUGACACUGAAAAUUACUCACAGAAGAUACUAAUUCAGCCAGUUGACACUACUAGCAUUUCUUCCUUGAGACGAUUUGAACCUAUUUGCAAGUUUCACUGGACAGAAGCAUUUAAUGAUGAAAUGACAGAGAAGCCAGAAUUGCAAAGCCAUGUGUAUUAUUAUGCAAAAGACAACAAUGUGAAGCAAGAUUCAUUUAAUGAAGAAAAGCCAAUGGAAGCUAGCAUUUCUACAAAUAAAGACAGACUUGCUAAUGAGUGUAUUGGACAGCUUCCUGAAAGCUCACCUCUAAUCCACUGUGGUGAAGAGACACUGGAAUUCACAGAAAACUCACUGGCUUACGGUACUGCCCGGGAAUCUGCCCUCAUCCCUAGUCAACCUCAACGCUUCUUCUAUAAGACUGCAGUUUCUUCAAAAGAAAUACAGAAUUCUGGGGAGAUUCCUGAGAUGUUGGUCAGUUACCAAAAUGAAGUUACAGCAGAGGGUGUGGAGAGGCUGGGGAUUGUCUCAAGUUGGUCUCCAGCAGGCAUCUCCUGGAGUACUGGAACAUCUUGGGAGAACUGCAAGACGCCGGACAUGGAGCAAAGCUGUGGAAGCUUACAACCUCUGGAAGAGGACAUGGCUUUAAAUGAAGUCUUAAGGAAAUUAAAACAGACUAACAGAAAGCAGCAAGCACGAAUCCAAGAUCUCCAGUGCAGUAACCUGAAUUUAGAGAAGAAGGUUAAAGAACUACAAAUGAAGAUUACCAAACAGCAAGUAUUUGUCGACAUCAUAAAUAAGCUAAAGGAGAAUGUUGAAGAAUUAAUUGAAGACAAAUACAAAGUAAUCCUUGAGAAGAAUGAUAUUAAAAAGGCAUUGCAGAAUUUGCAAGAGAUUUUAGCUAACACCCAAAAACAUCUUCAGGAAUCUAGAAAUGAGAAGCAAGCCUUACAAGUUGAAUUUAAGAAGAUAAAGGCCAAUUAUAUGCGUUUACAGGAAAGGUACAUGACUGAAAUGCAACAAAAAAAUAAAUCUGUGAGUGAGUGCUUAGAGAUGGACAAAACCUUAAGCGAGAAAGAAGAAGAGUUAGAGAGGCUGCACCAACUCAAAAGAAAAUUGGAAAGGGCUACAGCUUCUGCUUUGGACUUGUUGAAAAGGGAAAGAGAGACCCGAGAACAAGAGUUCAUGUCUUUACAGGAGGAAUUCCAGAAACGUGAAAAGGAAAACCUGGAAGAAAAAAAGAAACUGAAAUCUAGACAUGAGAAAUUGCUUGCUGAAGUUAAAAAUUUGGAAUUUGUAUCUGAAAAUGAAAGAGCUAAGAAUGAAAAACUGCAGCAGCACAUCAACGAGGUAGAAAAUGAAAAUGUAAAACUUAAGCAGCAGGUUACAAGAAGUGAGGAACAAAGUUGUGUCCCUAAAUUUGAGGGAGCUCAGUUAAAGGAGCAAUUAGAGGAAGUAAUGGAGUCACAUAUUGCCAAGGAUACAAAGAUGAUAAAUUCUAACCUGUUCCUGAAUUGCCCACCUUGUGAAGAAGAGGGCCUGAAUCCCCCAGAUGUGAAAAGAACUUCUCAGCUGGCCUCCAAAAUGUACAGUCUUCUAGCUCUGAUGGUAGGACUUUUCACGUGCCAGGACAUCACCAAUCCUGAUGCUGAACAUUUAAAAGAGGGUGAGAAAGUUAGUGAUAUAACGCUGCAAAAAUUGAAGAAUUUUCAUCUUAAAAAGAAAAUUUUAGAUAAAGAGCUACUGAAACAUAAAGACAGAAUAAUAACCUUUAGAGAGUUAAUUGCUAAUGAAAAAGCAUUUCAAGAUCACAUUAUUGAGAUCACAGACUUUGAUUCAGAUGAAGCCAAGAAUGUCAAAGAUGUACCUGUCUUAUUGGGAGUCAAACUGGACAAGUACCACAACCUAAAUGAGCAGCUUGAUUUCUUGACUUUGAGUGGGUUCAGUUUUCCUAGCAUCCAGGUAUGAAACAGUAUAGCAUCUGUGGUUCAUCAAGGAAAAGACACCAUGUUAAGAGAAGACAGCUUUCACUGAUACAGUUGACCACCCAUGUUCAAGAUCAUCUAGUAGUAUCUUCCUUUACAAAAGAAAAAUGUUUCCACCA